GUACAAUCACAUCGGCUGAGUUGUCCUUCAACAGAUGUGGGCAGCAUCUACACAGAAACCGUGUGGGAAUUAUGUGCCGCUCUGACAAUCUCUGCGUCAAAAAUAGAGAAUCAACGAAACACGGCAGCAUUUCUCGACUGUGAUAGGCUGAGCGUGGUGAAGUAGGCGGGCUGAUUUCUGCUGUCAGUGAAGUGCUCUACGAGAAGGUAGAACAGACUUCGACCAGCGACAUUCACGACAACUAUUAUUAACAAACGGAUAAAAAAGAGAGAAAACAUAGGGAUAAUGGACCUGAGCUUGCAUGACGCUCUCACGGACGGGGCGCCUAAGUCAGGACCGGACAGCCUGGUGAGAAGGGACUUCAUGGCCUCCCUUGAGAAAGAAACCUUUGAUGACAAAGUGGGCGAGACUGUAGGAAAGACUGACUACCGCCCUCUGCUGGACGGGAAGGAUGGGAAAGGAUCCAGUAUGAUGCCAAGAGGACAGAUGGGGACGAGGAUGCAGUGGCAGGAACCAAUGGGAGAAAAGCAUCCCUGUCCAACUGGACAACAGUCUGCCGUCAAUUCUGACUACCUUUCAGGUCCAGUGUCUAGUAUGAUACCUGGUGAUCAGUGGGGGAACCAGAACAAAGGAAUGAAGGACAGCAACAUACCAGAUUCUCUCAUGGGUUUCUCCCAGCCUGGGAUGAUGAAUAUGAACAUGGGUUCAGGAGGUAUGGGGGGCAUGGCUCCAUUCCAGACAGGCAUGCCUCCUAUGGGCAACUCUCAGAAAGCCUCUCCUCUGUUUGCCUCUGAGCCCCACAAACAGUCCCAGUCCCAGACCCCCUUUAAGCCCAACGACUCCUACCCCUCUGCCCCGGGCCACAACACCCAGUCCCAGGACAACUCUGCAGUUUGGACAAACCCAAACCCCUGGGCAGGUGGUGAGUCCAGGCUGCAAGCCUCAGAGGGUCUCAGCCUUUCCCCCAGCGACUCAGUGGAGGAGAGCCCCAACUCCGACCCCCUCAGCCCCCACCGCCAGGAGACUGGCUCUGGGGACGAGAGGGGGACCGAGGGGGUCGGCAGCAAGCAGCAGAAGAGGAAGAAGAAGAAAAGGAGGCCCAGAGAGGAGGUGUAUGACUUCAUGGACAGGCAAGAGGCUCCGGACUCCUCGAAGGAGGAGGAGGGCGAGACAGAGAGCGGAGCCUCGGACUGCCCUCUGAGUCUGUCCUCCCCAAGCAAGGAGGAGAGCUGGGAGUGUGAGAUCCGAGGGAGGGGAGGGGGUAGGGUCAGGGGCAGGAAGAAUAAGAGCAGGAUGAAGCUGCCAGAGGAAUGGGGGCCAACACCCCAGGAGCCCAUGACACCCCAUGCCACCCCAGCCUCGUUGUCUGCAAUGGUGAUGGCCUCUGGUCCGUUAAGUUCAACCCUAGAGAACAUCUCCUCCCUCAUAGCCGACCCCCAGACCAACCCCUUUAGCAGUUUUAUAGAGGACACCAAACCCUCUCACACCUCCACUGCCCCACCACUCACUGAGAACCCCAAACCAAGUCACAUCCUCAACAAGGACCCUGCCCUAACAGACACUUCCACUAGUAACUUGAACAUGUUUGAGCAACCUUCUCCAGCCAAGGUAAACAUGGAGUGGGAGGCUGAGGCUCCUGUUAAAAACACUGCCUCUGCUCCCCUCCAUUAUGAACCCAUGUGUAUUGAUGACUUUAAAAUGCCCCCUCCCUUAGCCACUAAAGAUGUCCUACCCCCCAAGAAGGAGGAGGCAGCUCUGUCCUUCACUGACAAAGCCUCCUCUGAUCAUUGUCGUCCUGAGGCCAACGCAUCUAUUACUGACCAGAGGCAACUGGGUCCUCAGAGCUCCCCAGGCUUCAGCCCCCAGGUCUCACAGACCUCUUUCCUAGACUCUGUCCUGCAGGCCCCCUCAGCCAGCACCCCUGCUUCACAGCCACAGGCCCAGUCUCAGACCACCACACCCCAGGGCCUUCCUCCAAACACCACCACCUCCUCCUCUUUCCAGUCCACUCCUCCUCCACUGUUUAGCCACUCCUCCCAGCUUGAUCAUGAUACUCCCAGUCCCCGCCCUGCAGUGGGCUCAGGCCUCAACCCUGCAGCCCCGCCCUUUAUCCCCACUACACUGCCACUCACAGAGCACCAGGAGCCACCGCUGCCAGAGCCCCCCCUGCUAGAAGUGAAAGCAGAAAAUAAGGACAAACAAGAGAAGGCUGAUUUCGUCCCCAAGAUGGAUAACUUGAACAUGUUUGAUAAGACCGAGAAGUCGGACAAGAUGGAGAAGAUGGAGAAUAAAGAGAAAGAAGAUCAAUCUAAGAAAGUCAAUGCUGACAAGACAAACAAAUCUGAGAUCCUCAAAGAUGAAGAGAAGAUUGAUAAGACAGAGAAAAAUGUUAAAAAUGAAAAAGUGGACAAGCCAGAGAAGACCAACAAAGAUGAGAAGAUGGAGAAGAAAGAAAAUGGAGAGAAAACGGACAAGAUGGUUAAAGUUCAGAAGAAUGAAAAGGCUGGGAAAGGUACUGCAAAGUCCCCAACAACCAUCGGAAGCAAGCAGGACCUCACCAGCCCAGACAGUAAGGCCAAGCCUGCUGUUGGGUCAACCAAACCAAACUCUGUCAAAACACGGCCCACCUCUCUGUCCACUGGGGAUGCAGCUGCCCCCCUAAAACGUUCCGCCCCCACCUCCAGUUCUGCCAAUAAAAAAAGUCCUGUUACCAAGGCAACCACUCCCACAGCUGGCACCAAGCGGCCAACUGCCGCUAACAGUCAAACCCCUACAGCCACCAAGUUCAAGACUCCGGAAAACGGCACUUCUGACAGACGUCCUCCUGUGCCAAAGGCCAACGGCACGGCCAAUAACAACAGUUCCUCUACUACCGCCACUACUAAACCUGCUGGUCCACGCCCCUCUGCUAAUGCCCCCUCUCUGCGCCGCAACACAGUUCCCAAGACUGAUAUCAAGCCAGGUGACAUGAAGAAGCCUACUACGCUGAAGACAACACCAGCCAAGCCCAGGGUACCUCACACUUCUGCUACUGCUCCAAGCACUCCUGCAACCAACGGGGAGCAACCUCGCCGACGCAUCACCAAACCCCCGGUGCCCAAGCAGACGGCUAUGGAGAGGAAGCCACCUGUACCCAGAGCUCCUAGGACUCCCAGGCCCAUCAACGCACCCCUGCCGGACCUGAAGAAUGUGCGCUCCAAGAUCGGCUCCACAGACAACAUGAAGUACCAGUCUACCGGUGGCAAGGUCUCCACGGCGGGGGGUUCCCAAUCCAAAGACGGCCAGGGCAAGGUUAUGAUAGUCCACAAAAAACUGGACUUCAGCCAUAUCACCUCCCGCUGUGGCUCCAAGGAUAAUAUCAAGCAUGUCCCUGGUGGAGGGAAUGUCCAGAUUCAGCAUAAGAAGGUGGACUUGAGCAAAGUGACCUCCAAGUGUGGCUCUAAGGACAACAUCAAGCACAAGCCAGGUGUGUCCACUACAGGGGGUGGAGAUGUGAAGAUUGAGGCUAAGGCCAAUGGUAAUGGCAAGCCCAAGGUGGGGUCAAUGGACAAUAUUGGCCUUGAGGCAGAGGAUGGACAAAACAAGGCUGGGGGGAAAACAUCUCCCCCUGGUGGAGCUCCAGCCACAGGGGCAAGAAGUAUGGCUAAGGAGAACGGACAUAAGGAGGCCACACCUCACCCUAAUCCCUUUGGGGGUGAUGGGCUGCGAGACCCGAUAGGCAUGGACAAACGCAUCCCUGAGACAACAGAUUGAGUCUUACAAGCUGAGCUUUCGCAAGUGUGCACGGGCUCGCACGAACCACGGCGCCGACAUCAUCUCCCGGCCCACCCCGAUUGGCAGCCACCCCUCACCCUCAUCGCAGCACCUCUCACAGUGUUUCUCUGGGGUCCGCCAGCUUUCUCCUCCACACCCUCCAGCUCCAACCCAGACCCUCGUCACCCAGACAUGAGGCAGGGGGACAACUACUGAAUGCUAGCAGGACAGGGACUUCUUUAGCACAUUCCAACUUCCUCCAGCACCUUCAUUUGACCUUUUACCUCUCCUUUUACCAUACUGUAUCUCAUCACUACUCUCUGUCCUUGUGGAAUAUCUGUCCUAGUCUUCUGGUCUCAGAGGAGCCAGUAUUAAAGUAUAGAGACCAGAGUUCAGAUAGAUAGACAAGCUCUUACUGUACAGUGGGUUUUGGUCUCUUCUGAAUUGCCCUGGCUUAACUUGCUGUGAUAUAAGGGGAGUAGUAUGACCUCAGAGUGAAUGUUCUAGAAUCUAGACCCUCAGUGUUCUGUUAAAGUUAUGUCAGCGCAGAGUGAAACUUAUUAUACUGCCGGCUUCUUUUGUUCCAGCCUAUAAUUUCUGUUCUUAUACGUAGUGCCACCUCGAUGCAAAUCACAAACACCUUCACUGUUACACUGUAUAUUAGUAUGUCUUUUACGUCAGACCAUCACAAUCUAUGUGACAGGCCUUACCCUAGACGUAACACCUUCCUUACUGUACCUAUCUCUCUGGAUGAGCAUAACUCCCCUUGUACUGUUGGGACCCCAGAUUUCACUUGAGUUGUAUACAGUACAUUAUACAAUGGCGAUUAGUGAAGCACCCCUUAUUGUGAGCAUGUGGGAUUGUCAUGUCAUCCCAAUGAACAGGGGCUAAUAUGCCACUCCCUCUCUUAACCAAUCCAGUAUGUCUAGAUAACCCUUUGUAAACUUGUGAUUCCCCCACAGCACUCUCAACAACAAGAAACUAGUAGGCUGUUUCAAACAGUAGGAUAUUUAACAUCUCUUUAAAAAAAUCUGUAUUGUGUUUUCGUAAAUUAUUGUAACAAUGAGCUGAUGUGUUGUUAUGUCGUUUCAUCAUAAUAUACCCUUUUUCCUUUUACUGUUACAUCUCUCUGAAAGCAAUACAGUGAGUGGUCUUUGCUGAGGAUACAACUUUCUCAUACACACACAUCACCGCACAUGUGUACUACAGUAAGGUACAGUCAGAGAGAGAGAGAGAGAGACAAACCCCCGCAGGGUCUGUGCAAAGAGACUGGAUGCCUGGGACAGGACAAAAUAGUAAGCAAGAGGCAGCAAACAGAGUGAGGAAAGGCUUAUGAUUGCACCAGGAGAGUGAAGAUACUCCAAUGCUGUUUGUGUUGUCCCCCAGUGAUCAAGUCUCUGUAGUGUUGGUCAAAUCGUUGGGACAGGGAAGACGAAUAGAAAGCCAUUUUGAAGGAAAGCAAGAUUUAGAUAGAUACAUUUAACAAUAUAUUCACAAUUUUAAGUCAAUAUCAGGAGAAGUUUGUGACGAACAAAGACAGUCAUAAAUUGAUCUCCAAUGUGACAAUUGUAUAUUUUCAGUCUUCUCAACUACUCCACUGUUAAAUAUGAAUUCAUUUGAAUGGCUGCUUAUGCUAUUGGUUCCACUGUGAAAAGUGACAUUAUUGUGUAACAAUAGCGCACAAUUGCUUAUUGGAGCAUUUUUUUUUUUUUUUAAACAAAUAAGCUAAUUACUCAGAUUAACUUGCUGUCGGUUCUGUAAAGAGGUUGGUGGAAUUGUAUAACAUUACAUGACUAUGAAUUAGGAUUCAGUGUGUGUGUGUAGUAUGUUGUGAUCAACAUUUAGGCAUGUCUGUGGAGUUUGUCAGAUUAGUGGUGUGUUGCUGGAUCAAGGUCGAGGGCACCCCAUUGCCUUUAAAAUACUGGUAGUUUGGCUCUUAGAGUACAAAAAUGGCACCUCCAACUAGAGGGAUAAGGGCCCCAGAUAUUAAUGUGUAAUUGUGCCUUGUAGAUUCUCAAGGCUGAACCACAGAUAGAACCAGAUCUCUCACAGGAUGUAUAAAUCUGAACCAUCCCUUUAUAACUUCUUCUCACCACCAAAUAUUGUGAUGAGAGGAAGUCCAGUGGCAGGAAGUGGGAGAAUAUGGAGCUAGAUGAAACCUGCUAAUUUUGUCAUAGAUGAAACAUUCAAUCUCAAUACAGUUUUCUGUUCCCAAAACUAACAUCUGUUAAGAACAGAGUAGACAAAGUUUUUUUUAGACUUCACCCUUUCUAAAAAAUAAAUGGCAUUGUUUAGAAGGAUUACAAGGGCAAAUUGAGUAAUUGCACAAUCGCAAAUUCACAGAGUAGGAGUUCUCUAACGGAAAUAUGCAAAUACAUGCUCGAACGCGCCAAUAGGAUCUCGCUAAUUCGUGCUUAGCUCUGCCCAGCUCUUUGCUUGUUCUGCUCAAUAUGCUUCAUUUGCUCUCAUUGGAAACAACAUCGGUGGUAUAUCUUGGGUUAGUCAAAAUCUGUGGCUGAACUGUAACAGGUGUAUAGUUCCCAAAAAAUUAUCUUUAUGUCCCACCCUAAAACCCUUUUAUUUUGAGUUAUUGUUAUGUACUGUAAUGAUAUGAUGCUGCUUGAUGUCAGUAAGGUGUAAUCUGAAUCUAUUUGAGUGUGUGUACUGCAGUGGAGGAAAUAAUAGGGAUCGUCAAUGGCAGAGAUAAUCAAAGAGCAAGAUAUCAAAAUAUCGAGAAUGAAAGAAAAAGCACCUUAUGAUAUUUACAAGUAUUCUUUCCCCCCAAGAUUCCCAUGGUUAGUUAAAAAACUGGAAUGAAUUGAAUUCUUCCUGAAGCAUAAGUCUUACACUGAUGAAAGCACUUUGAAUGCACAGUGGUAUGUACAUUUUAUGUUUGAGCUCUACAGUAUGUUAGAACUGUUGGCAUGAUUGGAUGAACAGAUUUGUCUUUUAGUCUCCUUGCUGGUAACCUUGCUCACUGGUCACGUUAGUGGACUUUGGUGUCGCGCUUUGGGACGAUGAUCACUCACUCUGUCUGUUCUCCUUGUGCCUGUUAGACGUCACGUUUAUUAACACUCACCUUUCCAACGCUUAACCACUGCUUGCAACGCCAUCCUUUCACCAGUCUUCACACAGUCGUUUGUAAAUAGACAACCACAUGUUUUUAUCACCACAAGAAAACAAAUAGGUAUUGAUAUUAGGGUCUUUAUGGAUGUUGACAAAUGUAUUUCACAUCCAUGAACCCAUUUUCAGAGAGUGUUUUCUUUCUGGAGUCUGCCUUUUUCAGAAAGGGCUGAAGUACAAGAAUGUUUUUAAAAUGUAAUGUAUUAAAGAUGCAAGACAUGAAUAUCAUAUGUAUGAACUUUUUGUUUUGUUUUAAAAAUCACAAUAGGACACAUACUAAGGCCUAGAUUCAAUCAGAUCAAGCGUUAACCAGCGAAAGCAGACACCUGCAUAGCGAAUGUUUUGGUGGUGUCGGAGAAGGAAACUGGGUUGGAGCUGUCAAAUUAUUGACCAGCUGCUCUUGCAAUCAUAAUCAGGAAGCCACACCCACACCCCCCACUCGCAUUAGAAGUUCAGAGUGAGAACAUGUAUAAUAUAUAUAAAAAUAAUUACGCUCAAAUAAAAAAAUCAUUCAACAAAAUGAGGAUUUCCAUCAUCCUAAUCGAGGUGUAGAUUACAUCACAUUCCAGUGUUUGAAGUUGUAAACAAUGCUGCAUGGGAUUUCUAUUAAUAAUUUGACCGUGCAGCCAAUGGCAAUGUCCGCCUUAGGUAUAAGAGAGCCACUUGUGGAUUUGACAGCUCUAACACAGUUCCACCUCCGACACUAUGCGGAUGUCGGCUAAAGCGCCUCUGAUUGAAUAGAGCCCUAAAUCAACAUUUGACUCGACAGUAGGAAUGGUGGUUAGCAUCUCAAUGGUUGGUCAAGGUGUGCUAUUACCAACUCCAACUCUGUAGAGGAAUAAAUUAACACUUUUAUCUGCCUCUUACACUUAGGCCUGUACUCACUAUAUGUUAGAAAUCUACAUGGAACAAAGAAUAAUCCGGUUUCAUGCUUAUUCUUCCAAAUGUUUUGUGUCACUGGUGAGCUGACCGAGUGCCCAACUGUAAUCAGGAACCAGGCAUUGUGAGGAUAGGUUGAAGGUCAUGCUCCCAAAUGCAGCACCUGACACACACAGCCCUUGAAUGUCAUCCAGACAUCCCUCCCACAUCCCCCAUGUGAGACUAACAGUAACUGUCUUUUGGCAUGUGUUAUGUAGUGUGCUUCUGUAAAGCAUCAAGGAGCCCAUAGCUGUGCUUCAUCUUACAGCACACCUGUAGUGUGUAUUAUUCUCCAUAGUGCACACCAUAAGAGCAUGCAGAAGACAAUGGAUUGUAGACAUCUGUCAUAGAUAGGAGUUCAUUGUUUCCCCUUCGAUUUGAGAUGUAAUUUGGUAUGAAAGAGAUGUUCAUUGUGAUUAAUUGUUAUCUAGUGAUGUGAAUAUUAAUCAUGAAAUAAAAGACAAGCAAACA